UUUCAGGUUAACCAAAUCAUCAUGUUUACGAUGUCCAAGAACAUCAAAGGAUUUGCUAAUAUGAUUCGUACUGAAGAUCCUAUGGAAGUUUUCAAAGCUGUUGAAGGGCUCUUAGAGAUGGAAAUUCCAUUCAAGUAUUUCGAAAGAUACAAUUUGAAGGACCUGAUUCUGUCCAAAGUUCUAAAGAGCAUUGGCGGCUUGCUUAUCAGAAGGCUCCAAGUUACACUAGAGGAGAAGGAUUUUGAGGACAAGUUUCAAAAAGAGGAUCCAGAAUCUCUUGAGGACGGUGAAAUGGAAGAAAUCCAGAUGUUAAUGAUGACACCAACAAAAAACGAUUUCAUGAGAGCUCAACAACAACUGGAUGAAUGCGGAUACAAGGAUCUUCCAGAAGAUAUUCAAGAAUCUCACGAGUUCACCCGUGCACUAACGGUGAUUGAUGCCUACCGCUGCGGCCAUGAGACUCCGGAGCCAACCACUGAGUUCUUCAAAAUCGACACUUCUGAUAUUAAAGAUACCACAAUGGACAAUUUGAAUGAAAUUAACUGCAUGGCUAAUAAGGAAAACAGAGCAAGAGUUAAUAAGAGCAAACAAACAUCUCAAUCGAUCAGAAGAAUUGCUCCAUUUUGAACUUUUCAGAAUUCUAUAGAUCUGUUUUAUUUUUAUUUUGCUUCUCAAGUUUUGAUAAAUGGUUAUUUAAAAUUG